GGCUUUUUCCGGCGGCUGCCGAAGUGGAUAAGCUCGACGACGGCAGUGCCUUCGGCUCAUUCCGUAGACGGCCAUUACUAACGGAGUUGAUUACUUUUUAUUACGUGAUUAAAGCACAUAGGGGCGUUGUACAGAACUGCGGCCCCUUCGGAGAUAUUUAACCUGCCGAUUCGAGCUUUUUUUGACCAAAACAUCGGAGGCGAGCCUGGGCUGGAGAAGGAGGGCGCUAGCACUACGUGGAGCUGAUUUCAAAUUACGUAACAGUUCAGGCAGCCAUUACUGAGCAGUUGUGCGGUAUUCUCGAGCAGGGAUACUUUAACCAUGAAGAAUAUGAGGGAAAAGGAGCAGUUCCGCAAACUGUUCAUUGGUGGUUUAAGCUUUGAAACAACAGAAGAAAGCUUGAGAAACUACUACGAACAAUGGGGAAAGCUUACAGAUUGCGUGGUAAUGAGGGAUCCUGCAAGCAAAAGAUCAAGGGGUUUUGGGUUUGUGACAUUCUCCUCCAUGGCUGAAGUUGAUGCAGCAAUGGCUGCAAGGCCUCACACAAUUGAUGGAAGGGUGGUUGAGCCGAAGCGAGCUGUGGCUAGAGAGGAAUCUGGAAAACCUGGUGCUCAUGUUACUGUGAAGAAGUUAUUUGUUGGUGGUAUUAAAGAGGAUACUGAAGAGCACCACCUUCGUGACUACUUUGAGGAAUAUGGGAAAAUUGAUACUAUUGAAAUCAUUACUGACAGACAGUCCGGUAAAAAGAGAGGGUUUGGCUUUGUUACAUUUGAUGACCAUGAUCCUGUGGAUAAAAUCGUAUUGCAGAAGUACCACACCAUCAAUGGCCAUAACGCAGAAGUACGGAAAGCCCUCUCCAGGCAGGAAAUGCAGGAAGUUCAGAAUUCUAGGAGUGGGAGAGGAGGGAACUUCGGCUUCGGUGAUGCGCGUGGAGGUGGUGGCAACUUCGGUCCYGGACCCGGCAGCAAUUUCAGAGGGGGAGCCGGUAAGACAGACGGAUAUGGAAGUGGCCGUGGAUUUGGUGACGGGUAUAAUGGAUAUGGUGGAGGACCUGGAGGUGGCAACUUCGGAGGUAGUCCCGGUUAUGGAGGAGGAAGAGGAGGAUAUGGUGGAGGAGGACCUGGCUAUGGCAACCAGGGUGGGGGCUAUGGAGGUGGUUAUGACAACUAUGGAGGAGGCAAUUAUGGAAGUGGAAACUACAACGACUUUGGAAACUACAAUCAACAACCCUCAAAUUAUGGUCCAAUGAAGAGUGGAAAUUUUGGUGGCAGCAGGAACAUGGGGGGACCAUAUGGUGGAGGAAACUAUGGUCCAGGGGGCAGUGGAGGAAGUGGUGGUUAUGGAGGGAGGAGCCGUUACUGAGUUUCUGCAAGCCUGCCAUGGGCUUCACUGUAUAAAUAGGAGAGGAUGAGAGCCCAGAGGUAACAGAACAGCUUCAGGUUAUCGAAAUAACAAUGUUAAGGAAACACUUAUCUCAGUCAUGCAUAAAUAUGCAGUGAUAUGGCAGAAGACACCAGAGCAGAUGCAGAGAGCCAUUUUGUGAAUGGAUUUGGAUUAUUUAAUAACAUUACCUUACUGUGGAGGAAGGAUUGUAAAAAUGCCUUUGAGACAGUUUCUUAGCUUUUUAAUUGUUGUUUCUUUCUAGUGGUCUUUGUAAGUGUAGAAGCAUUCCUUUGAUAAUGUUAAAUUUGUAAGUUUCAGGUGACAUGUGAAACCUUUUUUAAGAUUUUUCUCAAAGUUUUGAAAAGCUAUUAGCCAGGAUCAUGGUGUAAUAAGACAUAACGUUUUCCUUUUAAAAUUUAAGUGCGUGUGUAGAGUUAAGAAGCUGUUGUACAUUUAUGAUUUAAUAAAAUAAUUCUAAAGGAAAUAUUGUGUAAUUAUAGAUUUUUUUUUUAAUAUUGUAAAAUAAGGCAAGGAGUGGGUAGUAUAAGGUCCCACAAAUAAUAUAAAGCUAUUGUUGUACAUGUUAAAUUAAAUGCUGGUCAGAAAAAAAGUAUGUUGUCUGUAAAUGAUCAGGUUUAAAGUAUCUAGAUAACUUAAGGGUUAUCUCUGCAAGGAGAAACACCUUUUUAGAUCUUUUAGAUGCUGCUUCUUCCAUGGCAAGGAAAGGAAAUAUCCCCAGCGAGGUACUCUUCCAGGGACACAGGUCUAGUACGAGAGAACUCUUGAGAACGUCACUAAGUUCAGCCAGUCUUAAAAAGCUGCGCUGUAUUUCUGCAAAGCUUUAACUACGGUAGUUGUAUAAGGAUGUCAACGAAGGCUAUGGGGUGUAGAGCAAAGUAGUUCUAAGCUUCAGUUAAACUUCUUUAGGUAAGAUCUUAUUUACUUUUCCUUUCUUAAUUGUUCCAAAAUUGAGCAACUAAUACUAUACUAUAUGAAAAGUAUUUUUUUGAGUAUAGUGAUUAUUGUAUGUAGUUUAACAUAGCAACGAAUUAACAAUUACCAACUGAAAAGAACUUUGUGAAUCUGUUUUCUUGUAUUUAUUAAACUUUUUACAAACAAAUUCUUAUUAAUUUCAGCUACUUAACAUAUUUCUUUCCUACUGGAAUCUAGCUAUGAUAUGAAUCCUGGACAAGCAUAGACUGCUGCCACUGUAUACUGCUACAGUUGAACAAAUGAGACCUGCAAGUGUCCAUUAGUAAAGCUUUGCAAGGGUUCCAUCCCUGGUGUUGGUAGUUAAAAUGGAAGGUGCCAUGCUGCAGGUAACUAAUGAAGAAGUGGUCAACCACAGAAACGCUUCAAGAAAUAAGAAAUUCUGUUUCAUCAGAAAAUAGUUGUUUUUGCUGGCUUCAUUAAAAAUCUAGAGGUUAAAUGAAUUCUGAUAAAACAUCUCAAUUAGUACAGCUCCCUGUAACGCUGUUCAUUUUUUUUUUAAAUUAAUAAUUGUCUUGUAAACCUUUCGAAUAAAAUUCAGAUUGGUUAGGUGAAACAAAUCACUAAUGUUAAAAUAGCAGACACUGAGUAG